AUGCCCAAACCGGUUAGCAGGUAAGGUGCUUUCGAAAAUCGGCCAUAUUAACCAUCGCGCUGACUAUUAUGUACCCUUUGAGUAUCACGAGUUCCCCAGCGGAGAUUCCAAACAUGGAAUUGGGAUUGGAUUGGAGUCUGAAGGAGCAAUAUACGACCAGCGAUGGCGUCAUCGUCUCCAUUUACUCCUCUAAAGUUGAUCCAGUAAGUUUUUCCCGAUCUAAGAACGAAUAGCCUCCUUAUCUCUUGUCAAGGUAACAAAUUCUGAUUCCAGAAAGCCAUUUUGUACAACCUCAAGUCCAACGCCUACCGCGUUCUGCUCCAACGGACCAGCAAAAGUGCCUCGGUCAUCGUGAAGAACCGCUCCAGAAACAACUCCAUCCACUAUUUGCACGCCGAAUUGUAG